GAUCCGGAUAAAUGUAAAUUACUCCAGCAGCAAUUAAUUCUUCUACUCCACGCUCAUAAAUGCCAACGAAAAGACAGCCGCAAUGAAACUAGUAAAGAAUGCGAAAUACCUCAUUGUACCUCCAUGAAAGGAGUUUUGGCCCAUAUGUCAAAUUGUCAGGAGGGUAAAUCCUGCCCAGUAUUAUAUUGUGCGUCCUCACGCCAGAUAAUUUCACAUUGGAAGAAUUGUUCUCGUACUGAUUGUCCAAUAUGCGGAAUAUUGAAGGGACCAAAUCAACGUGAGAAUAGCCUUCUGCUAUGCAAUUGUAUUACUGGUUUCUUCAUCAAUUUUUUAAUUAUUUUUAUGCAUCUUCAAUACUAUAGAUUUGAUUACUAA